UGUCAAGGAGGUUGUACCGUUGAAGAAAACGGCGCGGGAAUAAGAAAUACAGCAGAAUUCGUAUUUUUGCUUGAAGAUGUAAUCGAAGAGGUGGAACAAUAUCCUGUAACAUCUGCAGUCGCGGUUUGUUUUAUUCGAGUCUGAUUGGAUCCCUGCAGCACGAUGCCUGGAUUACACAGUGAAUUCUCAACAGUUGUGGAGAGUCCAGUAAGGAAGAACCGUCUUUCUCUCAGGUUCUUGCAAAAGAAGGAGACCAAGCGAGCCCUGGACUUUACUGAACCCCAGCCAGAGGAGCCUGAGCCUAAUAUUGCAGAACCAGCAGAUAUCACAAGCCGUGAUCAGGUUGUGCCGACGCCCUGUCCUUCAUCUCUCCCUUGUGAGAGAAGAGAAAGCCUGGUUCCUUUUGUGGGACUCAACAAUCUUGGAAACACUUGCUAUCUAAACAGCAUUCUUCAGGUUUUGUAUUAUUGCCCUGGUUUUAAAGAUGCUAUAAAGUCAUUGUACCACCUGUCUAAGCUGAAGGACAAACCAAAGGAUGAUGUCAAAAGUGAAGAGCAGGGCGACCCCUGUAGGGACUCCGUACCUGUUCCUAUGGAAUUGCUGCACAGCUUUUAUAGCUUAAUCUCUUCAGUGGAGCAGCUGCAGUCCAGCUUCCUGUUCAACCGAGAGAAUCAUAACGACGCAGAGCUGGCCACGCCACCACGCAGGAUACUCAAUACACUCAGGCAACUGAACCCCAUGUACGAGGGGUACUUGCAACACGAUGCACAGGAGGUCCUGCAGUGCAUCCUUGCAUACAUCCAGGAAGCAUGCGACACCAUCAAGAAAGACCUGACCAGUGACCAAGAAACACCAAAUGACAAACCAGAGGCGGAGGAGCAGCUCGGCGGCAAAAGAAAGAGCGACACGGAGGUGGGCAACGCCAAGAAGAAACCAAAGUCUCAGAGCAAACCCAAGCAAAGCGAGGAGGACAGUCGACCCUUCACCCGCUCGAAGAGAAAAUCCUCGAGCGACGUCUCGGGAAAUUCUCACAUUAACCAGAAAGAGAAAGAUGGAGCGGAAGUGGGCGAGGGCAAGGAAAAGCAGGAAGGGAGCAACACCGAGGAGGAGAAAUCACGACCCGCCUUAAAGGGCACAAAUAAAAGCAAACUGAGAGCAAAGCUAAACUGGCUGAAGUCGUCGAGCAAGCAGCCGAGCAUCCUGUUCAAGUUCCGCAGCAUGGGCAGAAUCCGCUCGCACGCUGGAGACAAAGCGGACGACCGAGACAAGGCCGAGCAGAUGAUCAGCGAAUCGCAGGAGCCGCCGGAUCGAGGGAAACCUGUUCCGGACAGCGAGACGUCCGCUCAAGAACAAAAUCAACCUGCAGCGACGAAGGAAGAAGUGCAGGGCUUGGAUGCGCUAAAGCGGCUGUUCCAGGGUCAGCUGGUGCUGCGGACCCGCUGUCUCGAGUGCGAGUGCUACACCGAGCGGAGAGAGGACUUCCAGGAUAUCAGUGUACCAGUGCAGGAGGAUGAAACCAGCUGUAUCGACGCGACGUCGGAGAUCUCUCCGAACCCGAAACCCGAGCGGAAGACCUUAAAAUGGGCCGUCUCUCAGUUCGCGUCCGUGGAGCGCAUCGUUGGCGAGGAUAAGUACUUCUGCGAGACCUGCCGCCACUACACCGAGGCCGAGAGGAGUCUCCUGUUCGACAAGACCCCCGACGUGGUCACCAUUCACCUCAAGUGCUUCUCAGCCAGCGGCUCCGAGAUGGACCCUUACGCUGGACUGUCCAAGGUGAACACCCCUCUCCACACCCCCCUCAAACUCUCCCUGAAGGAGUGGAGCACGAAGCCUUCGUCCCCCCAGCAGGAGGAUCAUUACCAGCUCUUCGCCGUGGUCAUGCACAGCGGCGUGACCAUCAGCAGCGGCCAUUACACCGCCUACAUCCGCAUGACGGACCUGCGCCGCACCGAGAUCGAGCCGCACCCCGAGGGCGACGGCAGGAAAGAGGAGCCCGGAGAGACCAGACCGCCGACCGAACCUCCCCCGCCGGACUACGACGACGGAGAGGUCUCGUUCAGCCUGGGCUCCAAAGCCAAGGACGUGACCGGUGGCACCGGGACGUCCGGCAAGGCCGGGGGAAAGAGGGCGUCCGAAGGGGUCGGACUGCUGGGAGGUCAGAGGAGCGUCUCGAGCUUCGAGAUCGGCACGAGCAAGCGGGGCGCUCCAGAGAGAUCCGCGCGUUCCCCCGUCCCUGCGAGGAAAGGUGCGUCCGGCAAAGAGAGGGAGGAAGGUCGCGGGGGCAGGGAGGAAGGUCGCGGGGGCAGGGAGGAAGGUCGCGGGGGCAGGGAGGAAGGUCGCGGGGGCAGGGAGGAAGGUCGGGUGAGCUUGGACUCGGCUCUGCAGAACCUGAUGGAAUACGAGGGGAGGUGGAUGCUGUUCGACGAUUCAGAAGUCAGGCUUUUCCAGGAGGAGGAGUUCCUGCGGGCGUGUUCUCCAGACACGUGUUCCACGUCCACGCCCUACCUUCUGUUCUACAAGAAGGUCACAGGAGAAAUGAACUAAAGGUUUUACAUUACACCGAUCAGCCAAAACAUUAAAACCACCUCCUUGUUUCUACACUCGCUGUCCAUAUAGUUCUACAAUUACUGUCAGGACCACCACAGAGCAGGUAUUAUUUAGGUGGUGGAUCAUUCUCAGCACUGCAGUGACACUGACAUGGUGGUGGUGUGUUAGAGUGUGUUGUGCUGGAGUUUUUAAACACCGUGUCCACUCACCGUCCACUCUAUAGACACUCCUACCUAGUCGGUCCACCUUGUAGAUGUAAAGUCAGAGACGAGCGCUCAUCUAUUGCUGCUGUUUGAGUCGGUCAUCUUCUAGACCUUUAUCAGUGGUCACAGGACGCUGCCGGCUGGAUAUAUCCGGUCGGUGGACGAUUCUCAGUCCAGCAGUGACGGUGAGGUGUUUAAAAACUCCAGCAGCGCCGCUGCGUCUGAUCCACUCACACACCACCACCAUGUCAGUGUCACUGACCAUUGAAGAACAGCGUGAAAGGGGGGUAACAAAGCAUGCAGAGAAACACAUGGACUACAGUCAGUAAUUGUAGAACUACAAAGUGCUCCUAUAUGGUAAGUGGAGCUGAUAACAUGGACAGUGAGUGUAGAAACAAGGAGGUGGUCUUAAUGUCAUGGCUGAUGGGAAUGAAACCCAAACAAACAGACGUCUCGCCGCACUCGGGGUGUUAACGGUUGAUUUGUGUUUGUUGUAUUUUUACUUUUAACGUCCCUUACAAACGCACCUUGGCACUCGUGGUAGUGUACUUAUGGGUUGACCUGAUAAAUCGGCCAGUUUCAGUUCCAUCGAGCACUGGUUUUGUAUUUUAAAUAGUUGAUUUUAUUUUUUUAAAUCCAGCUUCAGGUAAUUUGUAUAAGCUAAAUGAUUUUUAGAUUGUAAAUAUUCAGCAGCGACGUUCAGUGUUGAUGGUCAGUGUUUUGUGUUUAAUCCAGAACAGAAGUGAACGCACGUAGCUUCGAGUUCUUGCUUGCACACGGCCGGUUCGGGGCUUUAAGAGGCUUAUCUGCUAAUCGCCCACCUAAAAAUUCGAACCUGAUAUUAGCCAGGUGUCUAGACAGACGUGAUUGGCUGUGUCUGAGGGGUGGGUGGCCGAAGCACAGCAGUGGUUCGACACCCUGUCCAGGGUUUUCCUGCUUUGUUUAAUAGGACCCACCACGUUUCAUGUUUACCAAUAAUACGCCACACACCGGUGAUUUUUCUCCUUUCGAAGUGCACCACUUAGACAGCAUGUACUAUGGGAGGGUGUCAUUUGGAACACAGCCAGUUUUAUUGACCGUCUUUGUUAAACUCUGUAUUUAAAAUACUAAUAAAAUCCUUCAGGUGUGAACACGCCCUUCUAACAAGUCUGGUUUAUCAGGGUUGCAUUUCAUUUCUGUACAUGUGUUCCAAAUGUCAUUAUACUUGGUGUGUAGUGCACUAGGUAGGCUUUAGACUUCCUACACGGCACCCUAGAUAGGGCACAUGUGCAGUGUAGGCUGCAGAAUUCCUACACUGCACCCUAGAUAGGGCACAUGUGCAGUGUAGGCUGCAGAAUUCCUACACGGCACCCUAGAUAGGGCACAUGUGCAGUGUAGGCUGCAGAAUUCCUACACUGCACCCUAGAUAGGGCACAUGUGCAGUGUAGGCUGCAGAAUUCCUACACUGCACCCUAGAUAGGGCACAUGUGCAGUGUAGGCUGCAGAAUUCCUACACUUCACCCUAGAUAGGGCACAUGUGCAGUGUACGCUGCAGAAUUCCUACACUUCACCCUAGAUAGGGCACAUGUGCAGUGUACGCUGCAGAAUUCCUACACUGCACCCUAGAUAGGGCACAUGUGCAGUGUAGGCUGCAGAAUUCCUACACGGCACCCUAGAUAGGGCACAUGUGCAGUGUAGGCUGCAGAAUUACUACACUUCACCCUAAAUAGGGCACAUGUGCAGUGUAGGCUGCAGAAUUCCUACACUUCACCCUAGAUAGGGCACAUGUGCAGUGUACGCUGCAGAAUUCCUACACUGCACCCUAGAUAGGGCACAUGUGCAGUGUAGGCUGCAGAAUUCCUACACGGCACCCUAGAUAGGGCACAUGUGCAGUGUAGGCUGCAGAAUUACUACACUUCACCCUAGAUAGGGCACAUGUGCAGUGUAGGCUGCAGAAUUCCUACACUUCACCCUAGAUAGGGCACAUGUGCAGUGUACGCUGCAGAAUUCCUACACUGCACCCUAGAUAGGGCACAUGUGCAGUGUAGGCUGCAGAAUUACUACACUUCACCCUAAAUAGGGCACAUGUGCAGUGUAGGCUGCAGAAUUACUACACUUCACCCUAAAUAGGGCACAUGUGCAGUGUAGGCUGCAGAAUUCCUACACUUCACCCUAGAUAGGGCACAUGUGCAGUGUACGCUGCAGAAUUCCUACACUGCACCCUAGAUAGGGCACAUGUGCAGUGUAGGCUGCAGAAUUCCUACACUUCACCCUAGAUAGGGCACAUGUGCAGUGUACGCUGCAGAAUUCCUACACUGCACCCUAGAUAGGGCACAUGUGCAGUGUAGGCUGCAGAAUUACUACACUUCACCCUAAAUAGGGCACAUGUGCAGUGUAGGCUGCAGAAUUCCUACACUUCACCCUAGAUAGGGCACAUGUGCAGUGUACGCUGCAGAAUUCCUACACUGCACCCUAGAUAGGGCACAUGUGCAGUGUAGGCUGCAGAAUUACUACACUUCACCCUAGAUAGGGCACAUGUGCAGUGUAGGCUGCAGAAUUCCUACACUGCACCCUAGAUAGGGCACAUGUGCAGUGUAGGCUGCAGAAUUCCUACACGGCACCCUAGAUAGGGCACAUGUGCAGUGUAGGCUGCAGAAUUCCUACACUUCACCCUAGAUAGGGCACAUGUGCAGUGUACGCUGCAGAAUUCCUACACUGCACCCUAGAUAGGGCACAUGUGCAGUGUAGGCUGCAGAAUUCCUACACGGCACCCUAGAUAGGGCACAUGUGCAGUGUAGGCUGCAGAAUUACUACACUUCACCCUAGAUAGGGCACAUGUGCAGUAAAGAGGAAGCCGUUUGAGAUUGGACAGUUAAAAAGAUCGUAUCCAUGUGGAGUUAUGGAAGUUAUGGACUGGAACAGCGGUGUUCAGUACUGCAGAUGUAGAAAUGAAGCCCUGGUCCUCACUCUAAAGCUACGCAAUAAGCAAUAAAUACAAACAUAGACUAUUUUGCUAUGGAGAAGUAAUCUAUAACUACAGUAAAGGCUAUUGAAUGGGAUAUUUAUGUCAAGUCCUUUUUUAUGUUUGUGCCUUUUUGUAAAUUCUAUUAAACAUCAGCAAAUAAAACAUCAA